AUGGAGAUCGAACCAGCCAGCAACAUCUCGCUUCCAGCCGCACUUGAAGACGCGCGAAUCACAGCCCUGCCAUCUGCUGCUUACUAUAUUCCCGACUUCAUUUCCGAGGGCGAGGAGCAAGCAAUACUUCAGAAAAUCGCAUCCGCACCCAAACCGAAAUGGAAGCAACUCACCCAUCGACGACUCCAGACCUGGCCUUCAGACCUCGUCAACAACAAGCUUAUAGAUGCGCCUCUGCCAGACUGGCUCCAAGAACCCAUCGUUUCGCAAUUGACCUCCCUCUGUCUUUCGCAGGACUCCAACUCGCCCGGCAUCUUUUCCAACAGCCCUCACAAGCGACCGAACCAUGUUCUCAUCAACGAAUACCCUCCCGGUAUUGGCAUCAUGCCUCACAAGGACGGUUCGGCAUAUCACCCCAUAGUAUGCACUGUGUCGCUGGGCGCAAGUUUGUGCCUCGACAUCUACAAGAGUAAGGAAGAUGGAGCUCUCGACCCUGCGCCAGCAUGGCGGAUUCUGCAGGAGCCAAGGAGUCUUCUCAUUACCACCGACGAUCUCUAUACGGAGUACCUCCACGGAAUUGCAGAUUCUAUAGAAGAUACGAACCUUUCCGAAAGCACCGUUGCCAACUGGAAUAUGCUCCGAUCUAGUCACACCUUUACUGAAGGUCGCAACGUACGAUCAACCCGCACCAGCUUAACCUAUCGUGACGUGCUGAAGGUCUCGAAGUUGGGCAACAAGCUUGGGAUGUUUCAAAAGAAGUGA